AUGAAUAACACGUCAUUUGUCAUGCCCGACACUGAACAAUCUUCGAACAAACAACAGGAGAAAUCGAGUGGAUCUUCAGUGAGCAAUGCUACAAAUGAAGAAUGGCCAGGUACAAAUAAAAGGCCCAGAGAGGACAAAGAUGAGGGCCAUGAAGAUUCAAAGAGGAAUACCAGAGAAAAUUUGAACUCUGCUGAAAAUUCAAACCGUCCUGAGAAGUCCAAGGAUAAUGAAAACAGGGAACAAGAAGAAAAAAGCACAACGAAGAAGAUAAGGUUGGAAGGAAGUAAAGCUGAGACUGGAAAGACCGACGUGAUCGAAACAGCUGGAAAGAAGGAACAAAAUGGAACAGAUAAUGAAAGCAAAAGUGAUGCGGAAAAGCCUAAAUUUGUCUUCGGGUCCGGUACAGCUUUCAGUUCAGGAUUUGGUUCAUUUAAAAAGAGUGAUACUGAUAACGGAGAAAGUUCUAAAGCAGAAAUGCCAUCCAAACCAUUCGCAUUUGGUUCAGGAUUUUCAUUCGGUAGUGGAUUUGGAGUCUUGAAAAAGAAGGCUGAUGCUGACAAUGAAAAGAAGGAUACAGAUGAAGAAAAGAAGAGUAAAGCAGUCGAGGCUAAAGAAAUGAGUGACAAAUCAAACGUGGCACUGAAAGGCACUAUAGAAGAAUCUGUGAAACCUUCAGUUGAACAAACGCCGAUCAAACUACAAAAGCAAGAAAUUAAGUCAGGUGAAGAAUCUGAAGAAACGAUUUAUCAAGUAAACGCAAAGCUUUACCAACUCUCUGAUUUCGAAGAGGGAUGGAAGGAAAGAGGCGUCGGUGCCAUAAAGGUUAAUCAGAACAGUAAUACCGAGAAAGCCCGAUUGAUUAUGAGAUCUCGAGGAAUUUUGAAAGUCAUCCUAAACUUGCCGCUGAUCAAGGGUAUAAAGAUUCAACGUGGAUUUCCUGGAUCAUUACAGAGUGAAAAGUUUGUUAGAGUUAUAUCUGUGAACGACAAUAAAGCCCCAGUGCAGUAUGCCUUUAAAACAGGAAAAGAGGAAACAGCCAGUGAGCUAUACGAUAGUAUGGUCAAACUUGCACCUCAGUAA